GCUCUUGUUAAUGUCUGAUUCACAUUGGUUGCCUUUGGAUUGCUUGCAGCAGAUUCUUAGAUGUGUCAGAAUUAGUCAAGCAGAGAAGUAAUAUAAGUUGACAGUCUAAACACUUUCAGAGUCUACCUUCCCUCUCCUGCAAUAAACGUCGACUAUUAACUUGCUGCAGAGAUUGAAGCUUUUCGUUAACGAUGAAUACGUUUUUCUCAAGAGCACUGGUUGGUUACAGCUUUAUUAUUAUUGCAUCCUCAGUGUCUGGCACCUACGUUUGGAAUGGUAACAGAUAUGUAGAAUGCAACUGUAAUCGCAGGGCUUAUCGUUGUGAGUGGGAUCCUAUACUAUACCAACAAACUGGAAGUGGUACACGCUGCUUGAACUGUGUCGGCAAUACGGAGGGAGUACACUGUGAGAAAUGUAAGGAAAAUCACUACCCUCUGAGAACAGGAGGACAGUGUCAGCCUUGCAGAUGCAACCCUCUAGGUUCAACUGGUAGUAGUUGUGAUGAGUAUGGUCGAUGUAGGUGUAAACCUGAAGGUGUAAUUGGAGACAAAUGUGAUAAAUGCCAGCCUGGCUUUUAUUCAUUAUCCAGCACUGGUUGCAAACGAUGUACAUGUAAUAUGGCUGGUGUUACUGAGAUCUGUGAUGUUGAAACAGGAAGAUGCACUUGUAAAUAUAAUGUGGAAGGGACAAAUUGUAACCGGUGCAAGUCAGGUUAUUACAACCUCCAUCCAGAUAACCCCAUGGGGUGCUCAGCAUGUUUCUGCUUUGGGCAUUCGUCAGUCUGCAAGGUGGAAGAUGGUUACAGGAAGGCUUGCAUCACCUCUACCUUUGAUACAGAUUAUGAAGGAUGGAAAGCACAGCACCGGAGGAGCGGCGAUCUUCCAUUGAUGAGGUCAUCAUCAUCACGUGACAUUAUUGUUGAAGCCAAAGAUGAAUACCCAAUAUUCUUUGUUGCUCCAGCCAAGUUCCUGGGAAAUCAAGUGCUGAGCUACGGACAGAACCUUUCCUUCACAUUCUAUGUGGAAAGCAAUAGUGCCUACCCAUCAGUAGAAGAUCUCAUCCUGGAAGGAGAUGGUCAGACACUGACUACUCAAGUGAAUGCACAAAAUAAUCCAAUCCCAUGUACGAAAAAGCAGACAUACAACUACAGACUCCAUGAAGGUUUGGAGUAUGGAUGGAAACCAUUUUUAACUUCCUUUGACUUCCAGCGGGUGCUCAGCAACCUCAAGGCCAUCAAAAUCCGUGGUUCAUAUAACAGGCAAAGUGCUGGACACAUCGAUAACGUGUCUCUCCAGACAGCCCGACCUGGUGCUGGAAGUCCUGCUCAGUGGGUGGAGAAAUGUACAUGUCCAACAGGGUAUGAGGGACGAUUCUGUGAGAAAUGUGCAAGAGGCUUCACAAGGCAAAGACGCAAACUUGGAAGUUUUAGCAAGUGUGUGCCAUGUGCCUGUCAAGGCUCUAGUGGCACCUGUGACCCAGAAACUGGUUCCUGCUUCUCCAAUGACCCUCCCAGGAAUUGCCCACAUGGUUAUUAUCCUGAUUCUACUGAACCAAGAGGCUGUAGGAUUUGUCCUUGUCCAAGAGGUGCAGGGUGCACUGUGACACCGGGAACAACAGAGGUGGUGUGUGUGGGCUGUCCAGCAAAAACAAUGGGUAACCGGUGUGAAAUGUGUGAGGAGGGAUACUUUGGUAACCCACAGGCAGGUAGAUCCUGUCAACCUUGUCAAUGUAACAACAAUGUGGAUUCCAAUUCAGUUAGUAAUUGUGAUCGGUGGACUGGGGAAUGUCGAGGAUGUCUGUACAACACUGCAGGACAUCACUGUGAGAGAUGCAAAGAUGGCUUUUAUGGAAAUGCACUUGCCUCCAAUCCUGCUGAAAAGUGCAAACCUUGUAACUGUGACCCAAGCAGUUCUUGGUCCUUACAGUGCAGGGAUGAUGGAACAUGUGAUUGCAAGUCAGGAGUCUUUGGAGCUAAGUGUAACCAGUGUGCAGGGGAUACCUAUUACAAUAGCACCACAGGCUGCCAGGAGUGCCCAAGCUGCUAUCAAGCAGUAAAAAGCAAGGUAAUGAAACACAAGAAUGUGGUUAGAGAUCUGGAAAUACUAAUUUCAAAAGUGAAGACAAAUGGGAACCCAUCAAAUGACAAGGACUUUGAUGAAAGAUUGAGGAAAGCAUCAGUGGUCCUCAACAGAAUGAUGACUGAUGCUGAAAAAACAGAAAUGGAUGACGAAAACAAUCUUGACCAAUUGAAAAAUCUGAACAAGAAGUUGGGUGUUGAGACAAGUCGCCUGAACAAUAUAGGGAAAUCUGUUGAUGAGACUCGGAGGUUGACAGUAUUGUAUGAAGAUCGCAUUCGGAAUACAGAGAAGUUGCUCAGCAACGUCAGGAUAAAGAUCCAGGAAAGCAGGACAGAACUGAACCGAAUGCCGUCUUUACCUACGGGUCCUGUUGGAGGCCACAACCUGGUGGGUCUAGCAGAUGAGGCACGAAGACUAGCAGAUAAGCAUGUAAGAGAGGCAGAUGACAUAGAACAGUUCAGCAAAACUGCCAACCAGUCAGCGUUUGAAGCCCUUGAAUUAAUUACCCAAGUAAUCAAAGAUGAUCAGAAAACCAUGGAGUCCAUCAACCUGCUAAAUCAGCAGUCUAAACAAAUCAGUGACCUGGCAGAUGAACUAGAUGAACAAGCAAACAGAAUAACCGCAAAAGCGCAGAAAGUUAGUGAGAGGGCUCAGCGGAUUUACAAUGAACUGAACAACCUCCCUACAAUUGAUAUAGAUGUCCUUGAGGCUGAAGCAAAUGAACUCCAACUCAAAGAAAGUGCCAUCGGUCUUGAGCUGAAUGGAAAACUUGAAUUGUACGAAAGAUUGAAGAAUAAUGUGAUGGACUUCCAGAGAGACGUCAGGAAAAUUUUAGACAAUGGAGAAAUAGAGCAAAGGGCUGCUGACUUGUUACAUGCCAGAGCGAAUGCUGCUAAAUACCUGGCUGAAGAUGCUGUUAAAAAGGGCACAUCCGCAUUGGAGCAAUUUGAUCGUAUCUUAGCUAACUUAAGAGAUUUUAACACAAGAGUGAUCAGCAAUAAAACAGCUGCUGAAAAUGCUUUGAAUAAAAUACCUGAUAUCAUCAAGACCAUUGAUGGUGCCAAUGCGAAAACUAACCAGGCUGAGAAUCAACUGGGAAAUGCAGGAACAACUGCCAAUGAGGCAAAGAGGAAAGCAAGCGAAGCAAAUGUUAUUGCUGCUGAUGUUCUGAAGAGGGCUAUGAAAUCUUUAGAUGACACAGAUAAGACACUAACUGAUGUUGGACUACUGGAUGGAGAUGUGCAAGAUGUGUUUGAGCAGCUAGGACGUGUGCAGACAGACAUGGAGAACAAACAGAGAUCAGUGCAUGGAGAUACCGCGAUGGCAGAGAUGAUCACAGCCAAUGUAAACGAUGCGACCAUGAAUGUAGCAAGUACACAGGGUUCCAUUAAAAAAACAAUGGAUUUGAUAAGCAACCUACUGCUUUCUAUGGGUAAUGCAGCUGAGAUUGAUGCUACUAAGUUACAACGUAUAGAAAAUUCUUUGCAAAUCUCUAAAGACCAAUUGACCAAUGAACUUCAAUUGAAGCAACAAGAAUUGCAGGAAGCUGCCAGAGAACAAAGAGAAUCAAUAGCAGCUUAUGAUCAAGAUAUUGAGGACAUCCGUGGAGCUAUUAAAAACCUAGAAAACAUUAGAGACACUUUACCUCUUGGAUGCUUCAACACUGCAGCCUAUGAAAGGCCCUAAGUGCUUGACACCUUUUGACAGAAGUUGUACUGCUAAAACUAAUUGUGAAAAAUUUCUGUUUUAAGAAAAAAACCUCAGCAAAAGACAUUCUAUGCAAUACUUUAUCAGCAUCAAACAGACAGAUAAAAUGUGAACACAGUAACAGCUUUUGCAAAAAUAAUUACUUUUAAGUUGGUACUUGAUUGAAUUAGAUGCAAAUUUCACCACGUCCUUUCCAUUACUUAUUCUGUGUCACAUGCGUUGCACUAUUGCUGUAGUGCUAGCUUUAAUUAUUCCCACUUACGUCUAACUAGGUUGCAGUAAAAAGAAAAUAAUUUAUUUUUUUCAUAAAUAAAGUCAGUUUUUAGAAACUGGACCAGAUAUUCAUGAUCAAUUUUUCAUAUAUACAAAAUCCUGCAGCAUUGCAAGUUAUAGUUUACUGUUGCUGAGUCUACAAUGUAUGAAGGCAAUACAAAGCAGUAUUGCUUGUUUCAGUGCCAUACUGUGCAUUUAUUCUGACACUAUCAUUAAUGUUUGAAAUCCACCCCUUUCAACAGUAGCAGAAAGUCAAUAUGUUGCUUGAAAUGCGGUAUGGAUCUUUUAGUGGCCUAUGGAUCAUUUGUACAGAAUUGGCUGCUCUGCUGGCUGCUGUUAUUGUGAUGUCUGUGUGAACUGUAAGAGUAACCAGUACUAAAAACUGAUUUAACAAAGACAAACAAAUAACUCUUAGAAAACUACUGUACUUGUAUUGGAUGCCAGCUAGACUAGUUGGGAUGCAGUGAGGAGGGGGAAGGAGAAGGAAGAGAAAUCAGCCAAGGUUUUCUUUCCUGAUUGCUACCUAUUUACAGAUUUGUUUUAUUCUUUAUGAGAUGUAGAUGCUGCUGUCAAAGCCAACAUCUGCUGCCUCAUGCCAUUGCCCCAUGGGUCCCUGUCCACACUAACACGUGGAAUUGUAGCCACCCUAAGUGAAUUACAGGAAAUCUACUGGUUCCUGGGGAGUUGCUGCCAAAUGAAAUUCAGCCAGAAAGCAACAUUGGAGUUAGGUUGAGAAAAUGCAAGAAAGGAAAUUUGGGGAAAACUUUUUGCCCUACAUGGGCGUAUUUAUUUAAAUUUCACUGUUUAAACCUCGUGUAGACUGACUGCUUUAAUCUUUAUCCAAAAGGUUUGUUUUUUUCUUAAAUUUGUGAAAUCAAAUAAAAACUAACCAAUCAUUGAAAGGCAGCAUUUUAAGCACAUGAAUCUCAGCUGGUAUACUUCCUCAAGCAUCCUUCUGAGAUCUUAAACCUCCAAUGCCAAAGAUAGAUUGGGUGACAUGUUUACUUUUGCAUUUCAUUCACUGCUCUAGUUUUUCCCUUUUCUUUUUCUUCUUCCUUUGAAAGCAAAGAAACAGUUCACUUUCGUCUCCUGCAGAUUAUAUGGGAUUGCAUGCUGUGCAACAUGAACUCCAACCUAAUUUAUUAAAAAACAUCAAGCAAGGUUAUAUGGUGGGAACUAAAAGGAAUGAAUGCUUUAUUUCGAUAGUGAGAUGAAACAUAAAUUAUAGACAUGGAAACUCAGACUGACACUAACCAAAAGCUAGUAUAUCAUCUAUAACUCAUGCAGGUUUUAUGUACCCAGGGUUGAUUUCACCUGACUUCAUUAUGGGCACUCAACAAUCCUUGGCCUGGAGUUGACCUAACUCCCCCUGAUUCCUGUUCGGACCAGACUACCCCUGGCCCUGAAUCCCAUGCCAGACACCCCAUGGAUAGCAAAGUCUCCUCACUGAACUCAAACAACACAUCCCUGCCCAAUAGCUCCCCUUGUACCUAGCAUUCCUCCCAGCUUAAACCGACCUGGCUCCAACUCCUCCAGGUUCCCGAGACAACUCUCCAGGUGGACCCCUCUGUUUGUCCCAAAUUCAACCCCAUGACUGGCACCCCAAAUAGACACUAAGCACUAGCCACUUGCCUGUCACUCAAACCUCUCACCUACCUGCCACCUACUCCCCAUCCACCUUCCACCUUACCCCUCAACUACCUGGCACCCUAAUUCCUCAUUCACUUGGCACCCUAACCCUUCACUGACUGGGCAUGGCCCCUGUCCCUCACUUCUCUUACACAGAAAUGUUGCUCUCCUUGCUGCAGACGUGUGUUUGUCACAAUUAUGGAAGCCGAGUGAUCCGGACACUGAAGUGACAUGCCACACUGACAUAAGGCGAGAUGCACACGCUGUUGACUGAGGAUUACUGAACAGCACGGCCACUGUCUGAUUGUCUGACUGUGCCCUUUGGGGCAGUGCAAGGCAUGGCAAGGCAGUGCAAAGCAUGCAUGCUGCUGGCAUGCCAGUGAAACCAAGUGAGUGUGUGCUGUGAGUGCAAAGGAACAGCCCUGGGAGACAGCCUGGCAAAAUCUGUGAAAUGGGUUCCUUUCCCUGUGCAGUUACUACCCAAUGUAGCCAAAGACUGUUGGACAGUUUUGUGCCCUCCUAGACCAGUCUGCUAUUGCACAGUGCAGUGCCAGUAAUUUGGAGGAUGCCUGGGUUGUGGCAACACCUCCCUCAAAGUGGAGUGCCAAUGUCCAUAAUUGGAGGGUACAUGCUGCCGGUGCUGGUGGAUCAAAUGGCAGGUUGAUCCCACUGAGAACCGGCUGUGGUUUCUAUGUCGAGUUUAUCGAUGGCGAGUUUGUUUCACGAAUUUAGCAAGAUUGUCACCGAUGGUGAAUGGAACUGUUAACAAGCUAUUCAGCAAGCAAUGAAGAACAUCAUUUGGGAACUCACUGCUCUGUAACGAGAGCCUGGUAAGAUUCCACUCCAAGUUUCCAAUCCUGAUUGGUGAAUGUAAGCCACUCAUUCUGCUUGGCUCCCCUCAAAUGCUGCCUGACCUGCUGAGGAUUUCCAACAUUUUCUGUUUUUAUUUCAUGUUGCCUGAUUUUAUACUAUUUAAUUAUUGAUUUGCUGAGAAGUAUCAGAUUUGCCGACAAUGACACUGAUAAUUGAACAUCGGCUGGCCAUUACUCAUAAUCUAAACUCAGGCUUAAAGAAUAGUCAUGUGGGCAAGACUGUGUGCAGGACUACCGACAAUAGAACUUUACACAGUCACAAGAACAUCACAAUAAGAAAUUAAUGAGAAAAAGUGGUGACCAUGGUGAUCCCUGGGGAAGUAAAUUUUAUUACUAGCUGUAUAAAAAAAACCUGUAAUAUCCUGAUAUUUAAGAACAAUUUCAAUGACUGUGUACCCACUUUAUUCUUUCAUAAUUUCACAAGCUGUCACUGAGGUUCAGGAGCACAGACUGCAAAACAAAAGUCUCAUAUGGGUUAUUUAUUGUCUUUGACAUUUUUACGUGCUUCGUGUAGGAUUUUUUUGUUCUUUGUUCAGUUACAGUUGCGCAAUAAACUAUCACAUUGCACUUUAA